AUUUGCAGAUUUAAGUAGUUCUAAUUUUGUGAAGUGCAUUGAUUCCUCCACGAUGAAGUUACUUGCUAUAACUAUUUUGUACUUUUUGGUACUGAUACUCACGCUCGCAGCCGAACUUUCCUACGCAGUACCCAUUCAACAGUACGUACCAGACGACCGAUACGAAACCUACCAGACCGAUGAAGACAACGAGGUGUUAACAUCUAACGAAUUAGGUCUUCAAGGUACUCGAUCUGACGACACGUUGGUAGGUCCUGUAGCUUACGCAGAGUUUGAACAGGGACAAAGAGACAGAGAGAUCCUUCAGAGCGACGAAGCUAGGAAUUACUACAGACCUUACGUGAGAUACAGGCAAAUUUCUAAACGAAGGACCAGUGUUCCAGUAAACAGGAGGUACGAUGAAUACCCUGGAUAUUCGUUGUCUGGAUAUGCUAGCAAUAGGGAUAGAUUUCCAACAGUGGCUUGAAGAGUCUCAAAUUUGUAAAAUAAGGCUGUUCAUAUUAGCAGACUGAUUGUGAUGGAGAUACUGUAUUUAAUUUAUUGCAAAUAUUAUCAUAUGUAUUUAAAUUUUAUGUCGUAGUCUAAUAAGCGUUGUACUGAUUAUAAUAAUGCCUAAAAUUCCUACUAUUUUAGUA